UUUCAUUUUCGCUUCAGCAAAAUCGAAGUUUCAGGAGAAGAGGUCCUACUUGGAAUCAAGUCGGGCGCCUUCUUGGGCAGGUGUCAUCGCACAUAUUCAGUUAAGGAUGUCCCAUUCACAAAACACCCAUCCUGGGAGUGCACACCUUGUGCAGGAUUCAUUUAUCACAAGAGCUGCUGAUGAUAAAGACGGACCAGCAGGCGCUGAAGGGGGAGCGUCAAGCACUGGAGCUUCCACUGAGCAUCAUGGGCCACCAGGAAGCUCAAAGAUUACAAUGGCAUCUGCUGGUAAUGGAAGUGAUGAUGUAAAUAACCUGACAGAUGAAUUUAGUGGCAUGGAACUUAAAACUCAAAAAACAUUACAGGAAAGGCAACAGUCACAUUCACUUCCAGCUGAUCCAGGUUCAAAAUCACAAGAGGCAAGUACAAGUCAAAACAGAGACAAUGUUUUUGAUGGAGAGGAAGAAUCACCUCAUGAUGACAGGCCACAAACAUUGGACAAACCCAGUUCUGAAGACAGCCAUAAGACUGAUAAGUUCUCUCACAAAACACCUGAGGCUGCUGAAGAUUCAGGUUGA